CAUUUGCUUUCAUGUCAUUGUGUCUAUGGUUAUGUAGCGUUCUCGGUUCUAUAAUAAAUUAUAUUUUCCCUCCAUUGUAUUAUAAUUUGCGUGGAAAUUUAAAAGAAUAAUAAUUGAUAUAACGUCUAUCAACUCUUCCAUUAUUGUUUACUUUCCAAAGUUCAGGAUGCGGAAAGUAUCGAAAAGUCGUACGGACGAUGAUAUGGUUUCAUCCACAAAUGGAUCUGGAUCUUUAAGCAAUGAAGAGCAUCAGGAAGCGGGGCAAUCAGUUCAUGACGAAAAAGAGUCUAAUGAUAAAUUAGACGACAGUGAUUUUGAAAGUGAAUCUGAGAAACCCAAAGAAUCAACUAAGAAAAGUAAAGCUAAAAGUAAAUCAAAGAAAAAAAAAACUGAUAAAAGUAACAACAAAAAAGACGCUGAAGAAGAAUUUGAGGUGGAGAAAAUUGUAGAUUCUAAGAGAAUCAAGGGCAAAUUGCAUUACUUAAUUCGUUGGAAGGGAUAUUCUGUUGAUAGUGAUACUUGGGAGCCUGCUCAUACACUAUCAUGCCCGGACUUGAUCAACAAAUUCAAUGAAGAAAAGGAAAAUUCAAAAAACACACCCAAGAGUAAUAAAAAGAGAAAAGGUGUAAAGAAAGAGAGCAAGUCACCACCCAAAAAGACUAAAACGGAAUGGGAUGGAAAAAAUGCAGAUGCCAAUGCUGAAUAUGAGGUGGAACGUAUUCUUGAAGUACAUCAUAAAAAGAAUGGAGCUCGAGAAUUUCUUAUUCAUUGGAAGGGGUGGGCUAGCCAGUUUGACUCGUGGGAACCUGAAAGCAAUUUAAAUUGCCCCGAAUUGAUAAAGAAAUUCAUGGACAAGGUGGAUGUCGCUCGCUCGUCGGAGUCUAGAAAUCUCAGGGUGGCACCGGAAACGACACAUCGUUUUACAUUGCAAGAUCCAUCGUCAGGCCGUCGACUCAGCAAACGUAGAGGGCAACGUCAACGUGUGCGAUAUGAUAAUGCAGAGUAAAGUUUGUAAAAAGGAAUUUUUCUAUUUAAGCUUAUGGUGCACAGUACAAAUUUUGUGCGUCAUUAUUUUAUGUAUGAAAUUAUUAGUCUUCAUGGGCGCAGUGUUAGCGUAUAGUGAUGACUUACAUGUAACAUAUUUUUCAAAAGGACCAUUUAAAAACAUCUUAAACAUUUUAUUUUAAAUAAUAUAUAAAGCAUAAUUUAAUGGAGUUAAUAAGAAAUAUACUUUUGGUUUAUGGUUGUGUCGUAUGAACGGAAUAUGAAAGCGUUUACGGGAAUCAAACCACAAAGGAUGUACGAAAUAUUUGUACUAUAAGUUUUUAAAUUAAAACGAUUUGUAUAUUUUCAAAAAAGCAAUAUUUAUGUUUUUAAUAAGGCAUUGCUGCAGAUAGUUUUAAGCGUUAGAUAACUAAUGCUUAAAACUAUUUAGUUGUUGUCAAUUUACAGUUCGUC